CAUCAUAAUCAUGGAAGACCUCCAAGGCCACGUCCACCACGUCCACCACGGGCUCCAGCUUGUCCGUCGGAUUGGAUGACAUUCGAUCGACCACAAGGAAAAUGGUGUGUUAAGGCUUUCUAUAUGAGAGGAAUUCAAAGUGUUGCGGAAGCAAAGUGUAAAGAAAAUGGAGCAACACUGACCGGUUUCCAAAAUGCAGAUGAACGAAUGAAAACCGCAAAAAUCCGUUGUGUCCAUGGAUUGCCUGUGGACGCCAGCGAGUUUUCGAAUGGUCUGAUGGACAUACAACGGGGAGUGAUGGCUUCCAAUGGGGUAGUAUUGAGCCGAACUCGAAUUCUGACCCAUGUAUGCAAAUGGUUGUUAAUUUGGUGUCUGACGGUCCGGCUCGUUUUGGGUUUUUACACGGAGAACUCGACGAUGUCUAUUGUCACACCGACAUUACCGGCGCUGCUUGUGGAAAACUUCCCGAAUAA